AAUAGCCUCUUUAUUUAAAACAAUGGCAAUAGCCCAAAUGUGUAUCAUUGCAAGUGUUUAGCAAUAAAAAUCAACAAACUCUAAGGCAAAACAGAUGACUAUUAAAAUAAUUAAAUGCUGUUCAAAAGAAGCCAAAUAAAAUAACGCAUGCCAUAUAAUUCAAUUAAUAUCAAUUCUAGGAAAUGAAAAUUAGUGUAUGUGAUACAAGCAGAGAGAGAGAGUUGGAGGUAGUAAGGCAUUGUAAAUGGGCAUAAGGAAGUUCUGGGAGUAAUAGGCAUGUUUGCCUUACUUGUGGGAGUGCUUUCGGUGAUGCAUGGAAACGUUCAUGGUUAACAUAGUGUGAACUUUUGAAUCUGCAAUUUGUUAUAUGUAAAUUAUACCCUCGAUAACAUUAAAUUACUUUGAGGGCAAGGGUUGCCACAAAGUGUACGUCAUAAAAACAAAAGGGCAAUGUAACCACUGAGCUAAAUUUCCAGGCCCCUACAAAAGGGCAAUGGUAAGAGACACAGAUGCUAAGGUUGGCUUGAGAAAUGCAUGUAAAACUACUGUCUGAAAAGCACAUUUUUUAUUAAUCCAGGUAAUUUUCCCCUUUCCAUCUCUCAAAAAGAACAUCGAGAAGCUUGCAGUUGGAACGUUGUGAGAUUUACAUCUUACUGAACAAAUCAGGAAAGCCCACGCCACCCCACAUAAAGGUUUUACGUCAUGGCCUCUUGAUAAACCGAACCAGUCACUGGCUCACAGGUGCGGGGAUACUGGCCUAUAAGACGCCAGCAGUCCUUAAUGCGCUGCUUUCUGCGUGCAGGUAGGCAGCAGCUUGUGGAGUCCUCGCCUCGAAGCGUGUUCCAGGGCCUAGUCCUUGGCACCGCGUGACUUUCGACCUGGCCGGGUCUCCAGCCCAGCCCGGACAAUGUUGCAGCACCGUGCGCGCAGGCGCAGUGUGGGUCCGAAGCCGCGGAAGCGAGCGUGUGCAGACUUGGACGGACCCUUUGGUAAUCCACGUUCGCAAAAAAUGGGUACAGCAUCUGUUCCUUCAUCUUCUGGUUUUUCAGAAAUUGUCCAAAGGGAUGAAGAUACACACUACAAUGAAGUUGAAGAUGUGGUUGGAAGUCAUGUAGAAGAUGCAGUUACAUUUUGGGCUCAGAUUUAUGGUGGAUUAUUUUCUGAAGAUAAAUGUUGGUACAGAUGUAAAGUAUUGAAGAUCAUCAGUGAUGAAAAGUGUCUGGUGAGAUACAUUGACUAUGGAAAUACGGAAAUUCUAAACCGAUCUGACAUAGUAGAAAUUCCUUUGGAGCUGCAGUUUUCUAGCGUUGCCAAAAAAUAUAGACUUUGGGGACUACAGAUUCCUUCUGGCCAAGAAGUUACUCAAUUUGAUCAGGGCAGAACCUUUUUGGGUAGCUUGAUUUUUGAAAAGGAAAUAAAAAUGAGAAUCAAAGCAACCAGUCAAGAUGGAACAGUUAUUGCUCAGGCUGAGUAUGACAGUGUGGAUAUAGGAGAAGAGGUGGCUAAGAAAGGAUUUGCAGAAAAAUGUCAACUCACUUCUAGCACUAACGUCUGUGAAGAGAAAAAAUUGGAUCCUAGUCAGCUUGCUCUCAGGAAUCUCAAGAAUCCCAUUCCCUUGUGGGGUCACAGAUCAAACCAAUCAAACUUUAGUAGGCCAAAGGGGCGCAUAGAUGGGAAGCUGAGUGUUAACUUGAAGAAUGAAAAUGAUUCAGGGAAUCACGUGACAUUUUCAAAGGAAAGUUUGGCUGUUGGUGCCUUUAAUUUAGGAUCUAAUGUCAGCCUGGCAAAAAUUAAGCAGGACCAGAAACUGAUUGAAGAAAAUGAAAAGCUUAAAGCAGAGAAGGAGAUUCUUCUUGAAAGUUACAAGGCAUUAGAAUUGAAAGUAGAACAGACUUCUCAGGAGCUGCAGCAAGAGAAAGAGACUACAAUGAAUUUGACCAAACAUUUAGAAAGUAGUCUGAAGACUCAAGUAGGUACCAGAAUGAAAAAUCUGGCCACUAAAGUAGAAAUACUAAAAGAAAUUAGACAUGUCAGCAUCACUGUUCGUUUUGGGAAUGACCUUUCAGAUGCUAUAAAAGUGUUGGAUGAAGGAUGCAUUACCACUGUAGCUUCUUUGAAUGAGUUAGAGAAAAUUUGGGCACAAUACAAGCUGGUUCAGGAGGAGAUCCAAACAUGUAAUAAUAUGAGUGAAGGGAAUAUUUUGAUUGCCAAAAGAAAUGAAGUGCAACAGAAGCUAGACAUGGCAGUACAAAUUUUUAUUCUGGAAGUAGAUGAGUUACCACUUAAUAAACGCUUAAAGACAUUGCAGGAUUUAUCAGCUUCUUUAGAAGCAGUGUAUGGACAGGCCAAAGAAGGAAUAAACUCUGAAGAAAUACUUAGAACAUUUUAUGAUUGGAAAUGUGAUAAAAGAGAGGAGUUCACCAGUGUUAGGAGUGAAACAGAGGCUUCUCUGCAGCAUCUUGUAGCAUGGUUCCAGAAUACCCUAAAGGUUUUUGAUCUGUCUUUGGGAGAACCACUGGCUUAUGAAGACACAAUCGGUAGUAUUGAUGAAAUCUUAGAGAAUGCUGAGUCAUGUGUUUGCAAAGAGCUAGAGAUAUCUCAGAUUGAGCAAGGUGAUGCAGACAGGGAGAUCAUUUUAAAUACUUAUAGUCAAGUACUGCAGAAGAUCCAUUUAGAGGAGAAGCUCAUUGCCACUGUACAAUCCAAGUACAAAGACAGUAUUGAGUUUAAAAAGCAAAUGACUGAAUACAUAAAUACGAGCCCCAGUGUGGAUCACUUGCUGUCCAUUAAGAAGAAACUGAAAGGCUUAAAAGCUAAACUGAGAUGGAAAUUGGUUGAAAAGAAUAAUUUGGAAGAAUCUGAUGACCCUGAUGGAUCUGAAAUUGAAAAAAUAAAACAAGAAAUAACUCAAUUACGUAGUAGUGUCUUUCAGGAAAUUUAUCAUGAGAAGGAGGAAUAUGAAAAGUUGAAUAACUUGGCGCAGAAAUGGUUCCCUGAGCUGCCUCUGCUUCAUACUGAAAUAGGAUUACUUAAAUACAUGAACUCUGGUGGUCUUCUUACUAUGAGCUUAGAACGAGAUAUUCUUGAUGCUGAGCCCAUGAAGGAACUUAGCAGAAAGCGUCCUUUGGUACGCUCUGAAGUCAAUGGGCAGACUGUUCUUUUAAAGGGCUAUUCUGUGGAUGUAGACACAGAAGCCAGGGUGAUUCAAAGAGCAGCCACCUAUCACAGAGCUUGGAGAGAAGCCAAAGAAGAGUCUGGCUUACUGCCAUUAGUAUUCCUGUUUUUGUGUAAGUCUGAUCCUGUGGCUUAUCUCAUGGUCCCAUACUAUCCUAGGGCAAACCUGAGUGUUAUUCAGGCCAGUAUGCCUUUAUCAUCAGAAGAAGCUUUAAAGGUUAUGAAAGGUGUUGCCCAGGGCCUACAUACAUUGCACAAAGCCGACAUAAUUCAUGGAUCACUUCAUCAGAACAAUGUAUUUGCUUUAAAUCGUGAACAAGGAAUUGUUGGAGAUUUUGAUUUCACCAAAUCUGUGAGUCAGCGAGCUUCAGUGAACAUGACAGUUGGUGGCUUGAGUUUGACAUCACCCGAAUUGAAAAUGGGGAAACCUCCUUCUCCAAGUUCAGACUUAUAUGCAUAUGGCUGCCUUUUAUUGUGGCUUUUUGUUCAAAAUCAGGAAUUUGAGACAAAUGAAGAUGGAAUCCCCAAAGUGGAUCAGUUUCAUUUGGAUGAUAAUGUCAGAUCCCUCCUCUGUAGUUUGAUGUAUUUUAGAAGUUCAUUGACUGCUGAGCAAGUUUCAAAUGCUGAAUGUUUCUUGCUACCGAAGGUGAAAUCCAUUCCAAACCCAGAAAAAGAGAUUGAAUAUAGUCAAUAUAAAAAGGAAGAUGAAUUAAAGAUGGAGAACUUGGAUACAUAUAAAGAAAAACCAAGAAAUAGUGAAGCUAACAUUGAUUGAUGUUAAUAUUCUAUUGUUGCAGGUGUUCCUGUAAAAAACUUUCAGUUUAAUAGAUCAAAGAUCUGGAAAUGUUCUGGAGCUAAUUGGAUAGUGCCUUUGGUGUUCACAUUGUGAAAAAUAAAAGGUGUUUGUCAUGCCUAAAAAUUAUUUGUAU